AUGAUUCAGCCGCCAGUUUGUCAGCAGCUGGAGAAGGAAGCAGGGGACAUCCAGACUCAGCUGACUUCCUUAGCUCCGGGCAUUGCCCGCACGUUGAAUGACUCCUUGUUGGCCAGGCACUGGACAAGUGGCCGGAGCAGGCUCCGUUGUGCCGUAGCCCUGGCCAGUGCUGUGAUCCGGGCAGAGCUCUCCCCAUCCUACCAGGAGCUGAAUGAGGGGUUGGACCAGGGGGUUGAGAACUCUGAGCAAGCAGAGGAGCGGGCCAAGAAGCCGGUCAAAAUCGAGGGUGUCGUGCCAGCCCUAGACAGCGAGUCUGCCGCUAGCAGCAUCCGCUUCAGCAAGGCCUGCCUGAAGAACGUCUUCUCCAUCCUCCUCAUCUUCAUCUACCUGCUGCUCGUGGCCGUGGCUGUCUUCCUGGUCUACCAGACCAUCACGGACUUCCGUGAGAAACUCAAGCACCCUGUCAUGUCCGCGUCUUACAAGGAGGUGGACCGCUAUGAUGCCCCAGGUAUUGCGCUGUGCCCUGGCCAGGCUCAGUCGCUCAGCUGUAAGCACCACUAUGAGGUCUUUCCUCCUCUGAGGAGUCCCGGCCAGCCGGGAGACAUGAACUGUACCACCCAGAGGAUCAACUACACAGACCCUUUCUCCAAUCAGACAGUGAAGUCUGCCCUGGCUGUCCGGGGCCCGCGGGAAGUGAAGGAGUGGGAGCUGGUCUUCCUGCAGUUCUGCCUGAACGAGAGCAGCGAGGACUUUAGUGCCAUCAACUACCUGCUCUUCUCCUCUUACCACGAGUUCCUGCAGAGCCCAGACAAGGCGGGCUUCAUGCAGUCCUGUGAGAGUGCCUAUUCCAGCUGCAAGUUCUCUGGGGGCUUCCGCACCUGGGUCAAGAUGUCACUGGUGGAGGCCAAGGAGGAGGAUGGGCGGGAAGCAGUGGAGUUCUGGCAGGAGACGAGUGUGGUGAACUAUAUUGACCAGAGGCCAGCUGCUGAAAGAAGCGCUCAGUUGUUAAUUGUGGUCUUUGACUGGAAGGAUCCUUUCAUCCAGAAAGUCCAAGAUCAUAUCAUCACUGCUAAUCCUUGGAACACCACUGCUUUUCUCUGUGGGGUCUUUUUGGCAUUAUGCAAAGCAGCAGAAUUUGCCACACUGAGUGUGAAAUGGAUGAUCAAAAUUCGUAGGAGAUACCACAAAAGAAGGGGCCAGACAACAAACCACAUAAGCUGA